UAAGCCGGAAGGUCGGUUCGGUUCGGUUCGGUUCCCUACACGGACAGAGAAAAACCAACGCGGCGAAAACCCUAACGUUGAUCUUCGCACCUACGAGGCCUCGUCUUCGAUUUGCUUCUCCAUCCCCUCUCUCUCCGACGCGGCUUCUCUUCUGCGAUUGUCUGAAUUGAGAUGGCAGCUAAACCUUUGAUGAGCGAUGCUAUCGCUCUUACGGAGAAGAAAAUGGACAUGACUCUAGAUGAAAUUAUCAAAAUGUCCAAGAAUCCUGCAAAUAAAGCCAAGAAGUUUAGACCUUCUCAGAAUAAAAGUCAGAGAAGUUUUAGAAAUGCUGCCAAAGAAAAAUCCCUGAGGUAUAGACACUUCAUGGACACAAGAUCAUCUCUUAGACAGGGAGCUCUUGCUCGGAAAAGAUCAAACUUUCAACCAAACCAUUUUCCUUUGGCAACUGAAGCUGCAAGAAAGGCUGGGGUCAAUCCUUUUGGUGGAAGAGCUUUUAACCGCGAUAGAACGGCUAUUGCAAAUAGGCCAAGGGCUGGAGGUGUAGUCAUUCAGAAAAGGAUUGCAAAUGGAGCUGUAGCUGCAAAGCAGCAGAAAGAGAAUGAAAGCAAUGCAGGCGCCAAGCAGAGGCCUAAGACACUGGAUUCUCUGUUUGCAGAUCUGAAGGAGCAGAGGAUGAAGGCUGGGCCACGCCAGAUCAAUACAGUGCCUCGCCAGAUCAAUACAGUGCCACGAAACAGGGGUGGCCACCCAAUUCCCCCGUGGCAUAGAGCUCGAUUCAGAAACUAAUUAAUGCCCCAGUUAAGUUGCGGCUGGAACGAAUUGUCGUUUUCCCAGAGCUUAAGAGUGGGUAUAUGCCCUUGGUGUGGUGCUGGUGGCUUCCUACACAUCCAUUUGUUGCGACCUUUUGGUACCUAGCAGUGCUCCAGUGAAAGUAUAGUUUUCAUCGAGUUGAUUUUGUAUGUGGCCGUAGUGGCCAUGUCUAUAAAAAGUCUUUACCUUUUUUACUCAAUUUGGUUUGCUGAUUGACAAUGCCAUCAUCAACAUCAAUUAGGCGAGCUUGUUUUGUUUUUCUUUA